GUUGCACGCAUGAAAUCCUUCACUAAAAUUAUAUAAUGCGGCUAUAAAAGAGGAAAGAUUCGUUUACUCUACGACAGUAGAUUAUAUAGCAAGUGUCGGAGAAGUUAUAGUCCGAACUCUGUUACAGUUUAAAUAUAAACAUUUGUGUCAACGAAUUCUUAAUCUAACAAGAAUGAAGGGUAUAAUAACGCUUUGUGUAAUACUAUUAUCACCUAAUCUCGAAUGUAGCGAAUUUAACCAAGAAUGGUGGCAGUCAAUGUCCCUUUAUCAAAUUUACCCCAGAAGCUUUAAGGAUAGUGAUGGUGAUGGUGUUGGAGAUCUUAAAGGUAUCAUGAGCAAACUGGAACAUCUCACCGAGUCGAAUGUCGAUGCUUUCUGGUUAUCUCCGAUUUAUCCCAGCCCAAUGAUCGAUUUUGGGUACGAUAUUUCUGAUUUUGUCAACAUCGACGAGACAUUUGGCACUAUGAAGGAUUUUGAAGCGCUCACAAAGUCUACGCACGAUGCAUCAAUGAAGAUUAUUAUGGAUCUUGUUCCUAAUCACUCGUCGGAUCAACAUGAAUGGUUUAAAAAAAGUUUGCAAAGCAUAGAACCUUAUACCAACUAUUACGUAUGGCAUAAAGGCAAGGUAUUAUCGAAUGGAACGGUUACAGUGCCAAAUAAUUGGGUGAGCGUAUUUGGCGGACCGGCAUGGACCUGGCGUGAAGAACGACAAGCGUAUUAUUUGCAUCAAUUUGCACCGGAGCAACCUGAUCUCAACUUUGAAAACGAAAACGUAGUGAACGAAAUAAAGAACGUCAUGAGAUUUUGGCUUGACAAGGGAGUGGAUGGUUUCCGGGUGGACGCGAUACCACAUUUGUGCGAGGAUAUCCGAUUCUUGGAUGAACCUCUUACGGGUAAUCCGAAUCCUAAUGACAGUGGCUAUACGCACAAGAUAUACACAAAAGACCAGCCGCGUACCUACGAAAUAAUCAAAGAAUGGCGAGAAGUGUUAAACGAAUAUUCGGAUCAAAGAAUUAUGAUGAUGGAGGCCUACGCAAACAUGACGAUGACGAUGAAGUAUUAUGUGUACGGCGCGCAUUUUCCCUUCAAUUUUGGUUUUGUUGCCGAUACAAAUCAAGAUUCUAAAGCAAUCGAUUUCAAGAAAUUGAUCGAUAGAUGGAUGAUAAAUAUGCCUGUUUUGAAAGGAACUGCUAAUUGGGUGGCUGGAAACCAUGACAAAUCGCGAUUGGUCACCCGUUAUGGACGGCAACGAGCGGAAGCAGUAACUAUAAUAACUCUACUGCUUCCAGGAGUGAGUGUAACUUAUAACGGUGAAGAAAUCGGCAUGGAAGAUACAUGGAUCUCGUGGGAAGAUACCAAAGAUCCGCAAGGCUGCAAUGCCGGCAAAGAUGGUUACGAGAAAGCAUCUCGGGAUCCUGCAAGGACGCCGUUCCAAUGGGAUAACACUACUUCGGCUGGAUUCUCCACCAAUCCGAAAACAUGGCUACCAGUUAACGAAAAUUAUAUGACACUUAACUUAGCAGCGCAAAAAGAACAAAACAACUCGUAUUACGCUCUAUACAAAGCAAUUUCUGCUCUGCGAAAAUGGCCUGCGGUCAAAGGUGGAAUCUUGACUACAAAAUUAUUUGGCGAUGAUGUUCUUGCUUUUACCAGGAAAGCUGAUGGAGAGCAAUCGGUUUACGUAGUGGUAAACUUUGCAAAUAAAGAAGAAACUGUUGAUUUGUCAACGCUCGUCCAUGCAUCAAAUGAAUUACACGUUUAUUAUGCUACGACAAAUGCUCAUCAUCUCAUUGGAGACAUCAUCAAAGAUGUUCACACCUUGAAAAUUCCUGCAUCAGGAGCUGUCAUAUACACCAGCAUUGAAAACUAGAUGAAAAGCCAUGGGAAUAAGUAUUCGAACGAGACAUGUUUGUCAACGUAAUUCUACAAAUCUCUAGACGAAAAGCAGAAUUACUCGGUUGUUAAAAAUAAUUCUGAUUGUGGGUCUCUAUCAUUUAAUUUUGCCGUUUCUAUAUCCAUGUAAUGCGCUACACUGUUUAGUUAUUAAUAUCCUAUCUAAUUGAUCUUAUUAAUUGCGAAUAAGAAAAUAAUUUACCUGUAAAAAAUAAUACUACACUCAUAAAUAAUAACACACUUAAUGAUUUAGAAAACAAUCAAGUAUUAAAGAAAAUAAUAAAUGAUUACGUUAGAAAAUAA